AUGAAAGUUAAACGAUAUCUUAUUAUUGGAAAUUAUAUUCUCGAUAAAAUGAUGAAAGACAAUCAACAUCGAACUCCAUCAAUUCAUUCAUGUGAACUAAAUGAAGAAUGGAACAUUAAUAAUUUAUCAAAUCAAAUAAUGGAUAAAGCUAUAUCAGAUGGUUUUGUUUUUAAUAAACUUUGUGUUGAUGAAACAACAUGUAGCAAUUCUUCAUUAUUUGAUAUUUUAUUUAAUACAAGAUUAGAAUCACAUCAUCAACACUUGAUGUUCCAUGUUUGUAUUUUUACAUGGAAAUACUUAUGA